AUGGCACUGGUCGUGGUCAAGUGGUGUCAUGAUAUUGGGCGUGAGCAGGCUGCAAAUAAACCUCUUCUGAAAACUGUUUUCCAGGUUAUGUUGAGGUUGUUUAGUCCACGUAAAACAACUUUAAUGUUUGUUAUUCGCGAUAAAACAAGGACACCUCUUGAAAACCUAGAGCCUGUCUUGAGGGAAGAUAUCCAGAAGAUAUGGGAUUCUGUUCCUAAGCCAGAAGCCCACAAACACACCCCACUGAGUGAAUUUUUCAAUGUUCAAGUUGUUGCACUGUCUAGUUAUGAAGAGAAGGAAGAACAAUUUAAAGAGCAGGUGGCUGAUUUGAGGCAAAAGUUUUUCCAUUCCAUUGCCCCUGGUGGUUUAGCAGGUGAUAGGCGAGGGGUAGUUCCUGCUUCAGGUUUUUCCUUCAGUGCACAACAAAUUUGGAAAGUCAUCAAGGAGAACAAAGACCUUGAUCUUCCAGCUCACAAGGUGAUGGUGGCAACUGUACGAUGUGAAGAAAUUGCUAAUGAGAAAUAUGCUUCGUUUGUUACAAACGAGAAUUGGCUUGAAUUAGAAGAGGCUGUACAAUCUAGUUAUGUGUCAGGCUUCGGAAAGAAGCUUAGUUCAUUACUUAACAAAUCUUUAUCCAGUUAUGAUGAAGAGGCAACUUACUUUGAAGAUAGUGUUAGAUCUGCAAAGAGAAAGCAAUUGGAAGAGAAAUUGUUGCAACUUGUUCAACCAGCCUACCAAUUAAUGUUGGAACAUAUAAGAUCCGGGACAUUGGAAAACUUCAAAAAAGCUCUUAUUGAUGCAUUGAAUGGUGGACAAGGGUUUGCAGUUGCUGUACGUGACAACACUGCAAAAUUCUCAAGACUAUUUGAAGAACAAUGUGAAGAUGCAAUUAUCAAACAAGCGAAGUGGGAUUCGUCUAAAAUAAGAGAUAAAUUUUCACGUGAUUUAGAUUCACAUAUUCUUGAAGUUAGAACAGCUAAACUAUCUGAACUUAAUGCACUAUAUGAGACGAAAUUGAAAGAGGGAUUAUAUGGUCCAGUUGAAGCUCUUCUAGAAGGUGGUAGUGAUGAUACAUGGGCUGCAAUAAGGAAACUUCUUCAUCAAGUAACUGAAAAAGCUGUUUCCGAAUUCUCUUUUGCACUUUCUGGUUUUGAAAUGGAUGAAGAAGAAAAAGAGGAUAUGAUUUUGAAAUUGAAAAAUUACGCAAGAGGGGUAGUUGAAGGGAAGACAAAAGAAGAAUCUGCUAAAGUUUUGUAUCGUAUGAAAGAAAGAUUUACAUCGAUUUUCAACCAUGAUAAUGAUUCAAUGCCACGAGUCUGGACUGGAAAGGAAGAUAUUCGAGCAAUAACUAAAAUGGCUCGCUCUUCUUCUUUAAAGUUGCUCUCUGUGUUGGCUGCAAUUCGUUUGGAUGAAGAAAAUGAUACAAUUGGGGACACUUUAGUCCUUGCAUUAGUGGAUCCUAAAAAAGCCACUAAUAAUAAGACUACCCUUUCAGACCCAUUGGCCUCAAGCACAUGGGAAGAGGUUCCAGCUACAAAAACACUCAUAACUCCUGUUCAAUGCAAAUCCUUGUGGAGCCAAUUUCAAAAAGAAACCGAAUAUACAAUCACUCAAGCUAUAGCUUCCCAGGAAGCUAAUAAACGCAAUAACAACUGGUUACCACCUCCAUGGGCUAUCGCUGCCAUGGUGGUGCUUGGAUUCAACGAGUUCAUGACUCUUUUGAGGAAUCCUUUAUGGCUGCUUGUUAUAUUCGUAAGCUACCUUCUUGCAAAAGCUUUAUGGGUCCAACUAGACAUAUCUGGUGAAUUCCGAAACGGCGCUCUUCCAGGGAUUUUGUCACUAUCAACAAAAUUCAUUCCAACAGUGACGAAUCUUCUUAGAAAAUUAGCAGAACAAGGGGAAAGGCCUGUGAACCCAACACCACAAAGUAUUCAAGGGAGUACAAGUGGUUUUUCAUCAACUGCUUCAUCUGAGGUGACUAAUGAAAUUGAAAUGGAGUACAGUAGCCCUACAUCAAGAUCACACAACAAAGAUUUAUGAAUAACAUCGUUUUCUCACCCAAACCCAAUAACCCGCUCUCUGUAUCUAUGAAAAACUUGUUUAUUUUGGCGGAUAAAAAAACGUGUCAUGGGCUUUUUUUUCAAAAGAUACGACAUGUGAGAAGGUAAUAGAGUUUUAAUAGGAUAUGCGUAUAUUUUUGUAUUUGCGUGUUCUUUUUGUCAUCAUAGAUUUGGCCGAUUUUGGUUGUAUCAAGGGGGGGAAAAACUUGUGAUUUUGGAUUUGUAAGUGACUUGUAUACGUUGGGUAUAAUGUGGCUGUGUUCUUCUAGUUUGUGUUGGAUUUGGUCGUUUAAUAUAUGGUUUGGAAUCGUUUAUUUUUAUUUAUUUAUUUAUUUUUUAAAUUGCUUUGUUAGUUUUUUCAAACUUGAACAACUUGGUGUUUUUUGUUGGU